GACAGCACUCAAAGGUAGCAUGAUUGUAACCAUUCCGUGACGAGGGUGGAAGUGAACGCAUCAGCUAGCAUUUCGCUCUGAAGGACAGCUUGCUAAGUUACACAACUUACAGAUAGUGAGUAAGAGACUUUCAGGGUUGCCUUAUGGAUUCUCCUCGGCAAUCGAAGAAGGCUAACCUCAACCGAGAGCCAAAGCGCAGCCAGAAUCAGUCAAGCACUCCUCCUCAGAAAGAUGCCUAUGCUAGACUUCUCAGCCAGCACAGCAGCAGCAAGUUCAGUCUGUAUCUAGAGCAAUAUGCAAAGGAUACGUCUUCACAAAGGGACGGGAAUGGGCCAAGCCUGCUCAAAGUCCAGAGUGAGAAACUGAACAUACCACAGCGAAAAAGGGACCAAGUUCCCAAUGAUUUCUCUGAUUCAAGUGAUUUCUCCCCCUCCUCCAUGAAAAGUAAAGGAGAGGACAGUUCGUUGUCUUUGUACAUGGAGAAGCUAAGCACCCGCAGUGCUCAGCAGGACUGUGAGAGGAAACAGGGUGUGUCUGACAGGCAGCGACGGGGACAGAGAAGGGACACCGCCACCAGCCAAGAUGGAGACAUCGAGUCUGGCGAGGAACUCGGCUCUUUGAAACCCAUUGACUCAAAAAAACACCAGAAGCAGCAGAAGAAAAGUAAGGACUCUAAAGAGACUGACUCAUCUGCUGGACGUCCCCAGUCCCCAAAGAAAGCCAGUACAUCUGGACAGGAGCAAGACAAGAUGACAAAGUCAAAGAAAAAAAACUCGUCAAAGCACCCAGAAGAGGAGAAGAGCAGAGAAGGGACAUUCAAACCCGAGGCUGACGCUCAGAUGUCAAGGCCCAAGUCUCCUCAUGGUAAAGACAAAAAACAGCAGCUGCCCAGAGCUUCAAGUACCAAUUCUCCUGCUGAGAAGAAUAAAAACAGAGGAAGCAGAGGAUCAAAGAAACAAGUGUUUGAGUCCUACAUGACGUCUGAGGAGGUUUCCCAUGGCCUUAAAAGAGGAGAACUUAUUCAGGGACAGUUAAGGAUCAACCCAAAGAAGUACCAUGAAGCUUUCAUCCCAUCUCCUGAUGACACACGGGACAUAUUUCUGGAUGGGAUUGUAGCUCGCAACAGAGCGCUGAAUGGAGACAUAGUAGUGGUGCAAGUCCUCCCUCGGGAGCAGUGGAAGGUUGUGAGGUCAGACACCGACUGUGAGGGCACCAGUGAGUCAGACACUCAGAGAGAAAACACAGUGCCAAAAGCACAGAAGAAGACAGCGCGCACCCCCAGGCCUGAUGGUAUUAUGGAAGACCAGUGCAGCGACCAGGAUGAACUCAUCAGAAAAGUUCAGAAUACCACACUCACUGACACAGGGGAACCUCUGGAGGACCCCUCAAACCCACGAUCCAAUGGGGAAAUACUCCAAAAGACUGCUAAAGUGGUCUACAUUGUUGAGAAGAAACAUUCAAGAGCUGCCACAGGCUUCCUGAAAUUCCUACCAGAUAAACCUUUUGCCAUGUUCUCCCCUGUGGACCACCGGGUGCCACGGAUCAACGUUCAGCUUGCUGACUGUCCAGAAGAUUUUUGUUCCCGCCCAGGCGACUACACCAACACCUUGUUCAUAUGUCGGAUCACCUACUGGGCGGCCGACAGCAACUUUGCUGAAGGUCAACUCGCUAAGACUCUGGGUCAAGCUGGAGAAAUCGAGCCAGAGACAGAGGGCAUCCUGAUGGAGUACGACGUUGAUUUUUCUGACUUCUCAGAUGAGGUGCUAGGCUGUCUACCCAAGAACCUGCCCUGGACCAUCCCACCUGAGGAGAUGAGGCAGAGGAGAGACCUGAGGAAGGAGUGCAUCUUCACAAUAGACCCUGCAACCGCCAGAGACCUGGAUGAUGCUCUGUCCUGUAAACAACUACCUGAUGGUAACUUUGAGGUGGGGGUCCACAUUGCUGAUGUCAGUUAUUUUGUGGAGGAGGGCAACGCUCUGGAUGCCAUUGCCAGUCAAAGAGCAACUAGUGUCUACAUGGUUCAAAAGGUGAUCCCCAUGUUGCCGAGGCUGCUGUGUGAGGAGCUGUGCAGUCUGAAUCCUCUCACCGACAGACUCACUUUCUCUGUCAUUUGGAAAAUCACACCAGAGGGAAAGAUCCUGAGUGAGUGGUUUGGCCGCUCAGUCAUCCGCUCCUGCGUGAAGUUGAGUUAUGACCAUGCCCAGAGUAUGAUCGAGGCCCCCGAAAAGAUGUUCUCUGCCGCGGAGCUGCCACCUGUGGACCCCGAGCACCCCAUUGAUGAGAUCCAUCAGGCUGUGCUCAACCUGCACUUCAUUGCCAAGAACCUCCGGUCUCAGCGCUUCUCAGGAGGAGCCCUCAGACUAGACCAGUUGAAACUGUCUUUCACCCUGGACAAAGAGACCAUGAUGCCUCAGGGCUGCUAUGUUUACCAGUACAGAGACAGUAACAAGUUGGUGGAAGAGUUCAUGUUACUGGCUAACAUUGCCACAGCUCACCACAUCCACCGCAGAUUCCCUGAGCUGGCCCUGCUCAGGCGCCACCCUCCACCAAAGGCCAAAAUGGUGGAUGAGCUGCAGGAGCUCUGUGACCAGUUGGGAAUCGACAUUGAUCUGUCCUCUGCAGGAGCGUUGAAUAAGAGUCUCAAUACUACUCUUGGUGAUGAUGAGUAUUCCACUGCCAGAAAAGAAGUCCUCACCCACAUGUGCUCCAGACCCAUGCAGAUGGCGUUGUACUUCUGUUCGGGUGUACUUAAGCAGGAGCAGUUUUUUAAGCACUACGCCCUCAACGUUCCUCUCUACACUCACUUCACAUCGCCCAUCAGACGCUACGCUGACAUCAUUGUCCACCGGCUGCUGGCUUUUUCACUCAAUUGUGGGCCUCAUUUGGGGCUGUCGACACAACAAGUCCAAAAACAGGCAUCACACUGUAAUGACAAGAAGACUCUGUCCAAGAGAGUCCAGGAGCUCAGCUCUGAGCUCUUCUUUGGAGUGUUUGUAAAGGACUGUGGCCCUCUGGACUCUGAGGCCAUGGUGAUGGGGGUGCUGGAUCAGUCCUUUGAUGUGCUGGUUCUCAAAUACGGAGUGCAGAAACGCAUCUACUGCAAGUCUGUUACGGGCCUGGCCUCAUUCCACCAUCAUAAGGUGGGGAAGAAAUCAGAGCUGACUCUGGUCUGGAUACCAGAGGACCCAGAGAAACCUCCAGUAGAGCAGGUAAUCUCAAUCUUCACGUUAGUGGAGGUGCAGCUCAAAGCAGACAGUGCACCCAUGAAAUACAGUGCCGUGCUCAAGAGGCCUGAGGAGAACGAAUUAUAAAGAAUUAAAAAAAGUGCUGUAGAGAACACAAACACUUUGUACGUACAUUUGGAAUUGCACAUUUUCUUUUGUUGAUUGGUAGAAAUGACAUGUAGUUUAAAGGCAGUAUUACUGUGGUAAGCAGGGACGUCACUCAGUCCAAGUUCAAUUAAAAUUCCCACCAAGUUUUAGUCUCAACUUGAAGGCCCAUUCCAGUGUUUUUAUGUUAUCCCACUUACUGCAAAUAACCCACACACGUACGUGAUCACUUCCCAUUUUCCAAAGUAUAUUGUUGUAAUAUUUUUGAAUUUGCUGUUACAGGGAAUCACAUUUUCUUUGGUCUUCAUUCCAUUUUCUGAUUUUGUAAUAUAUGGACGUCAACAUUUAUAGACAUUCAACAUGUAUCCAUCCAAAAUAUAAGCUGUGCUUUAAGGUAUAAGGCAGGUUGAUUUGCAUUCUUCAAAUAGUAAUAGAAAUAAUGGCCGUCUUGAAAGUAGGAAAAAAGUAAAAAAAAAUCUACCAUGGUAUGCUUUGGAAAAUGGUUGGCUGUAUGACAUGUAUGAGUUCUUGUAAGUGGUUUAAAACAUGUAAACUGUCAACUCACUAAUGGGCAGACCUUGCUGUGUAUGUAAUUCAGUAUGGAUUUCAAAUUGAAUUGUGACCCAGGUCUGACUGUGAAAGAACCAGCUCAGCAAUCAGUUUUAUUUUGCUGCUGAUUUAUUGACCUAAUGAAGACAGCUUUGAUGUGACAUAACUGUUGUACACAGUCUAAUGUGUGAAAGCAUAUUUGCGUUUGCAAAGCAAUAGAGAAUACCGCACUACUGAAGUUUACUUAUCUUUAACAAGCUAUGGUGGCUGCAAUAUCAUUUGUUGUGGCCAGAGUGGGCUACAUGGAUCCCACAAUAAACAUGUAGCAGUAAUAGAAAGCUAAAACAGGGAUAUUAACAUGCCAUUCAUGACUUUUUAUAUUUCUGUAUGUAUUUGUAGUGUUUUAUGCAGAAAGAGCUUUCAGAUUCUUCUGGUGUGAAUGAAGGGGCUGGAGGGCCUCUUUAGGUCACAGCCAUGAAGUACAGCUCACAGGACUUUUCAUUUGAUUUAAAUUCUUAAAAGUGGGGUCUCAUGGAUCCAAUGUAUUUUUCUUAACGUAGGUACAUUUUCUGUGUUAAGCGUGCCAGUCAGGCCAAAGCUUAAUAAUUUAUCAACUCAUUGUUAUUGUUUUUAAUACAAAACAUGGGAAUGACUUGAAUGUGAAUUGCUGCUGAAAAUGGUUGGUGGCCUUAAUGUAUUUUAUGUUGGCUCAUGAGCUUUGGAGUGCUUCCAGCUGUUUGUGGGCUUUUUUAAUUCUCAGACUUGAUUUGUGCUGCACAAAUACUUUAUGGACCUCACUAAUAUCAACUGUGAUUUUCCGUCUUAAUUUAGUCAAGUGAAGAUAAAACUAUUUCAGUGCAGAUGCACUCAUAAAAUGGUUUUGGGUCUUGUUGCUUAAAGUAAGUCAGUGUGCCUCUUUGAGUUCUCGCUCAUUCAGAUUUUAGUUGAACAGUGCCAUGUCGUGUCAUACAUGCUACAUCUGCACAAGUUUUGUUUUAUUGUUGCAUAUCAAAUCUCUUGUUUGACAGGCUGUUUUUAGGCUUGUGUCCAGAUUUCUGAAAGACCAGUAGCUAAUGUUUUUAAGUUAUUUUGUUUUACAAACAGUUUGUAACAUGAGCUUUAAAUGUAUUUUAAACCAGCAAGUAAAGUGCUAGAUCAAAACAACUGUACUGACUUAGUAGGAUGUGUUUCUGUGAUUAGGGUUAAAAAAAAAAUAAUAAUAAUUUCUGAACUCAGUUAAAACUAAAGAAAAUUCAAGUCUAGCUUCUGUGUGUUAUAUUGUGACAUGUAACUUUGAUUCUGGUCAGUAUUCAAAGUGCAUUUGUACUCUGCUAAACCAUCACACAGAGCAAUACAUAGUUGUCUUUGUCUCUAGAAAAAUAAAGUACAUACACAAAAUCCAUUGGAUAAAAAA